GGCGCCGCUGCUCAGUGACGGGCACGCGCAACCGAGAAGAUGUCUCCGACGCCGCCGCUCUUCAGUUUGCCCGAAGCGCGGACGCGGUUUACGAAGUCUACCAGAGAGGCCUUGAACAACAAAAAUAUCAAGCCAUUACUGAGUACCUUCAGCCAAUUACCUGGCAGUGAAAAUGAAAAAAAAUGUACCCUUGAUCAAGCUUUCAGAGGUGUUCUAGAAGAAGAAAUUAUAAAUCAUUCAUCAUGUGAAAACGUUUUAGCUAUUAUUUCUCUUGCUAUUGGGGGAGUAACUGAAGGUAUUUGUACCGCAUCUACGCCUUUUGUAUUGUUGGGAGAUGUUUUGGAUUGUCUUCCUUUGGAUCAGUGUGAUACAAUAUUCACUUUUGUGGAAAAAAAUGUUGCUACUUGGAAAUCGAAUACAUUCUAUUCUGCUGGGAAAAAUUAUUUACUACGUAUGUGCAAUGAUCUCUUACGAAGAUUAUCUAAAUCCCAGAAUACAGUCUUCUGUGGACGAAUUCAGCUCUUUUUGGCCAGGCUUUUCCCUCUAUCUGAGAAAUCAGGUCUUAACUUGCAGAGUCAGUUUAAUCUGGAAAAUGUCACUGUUUUCAAUACCAAUGAGCAGGAAAGCACACUGGGUCAAAAGCACACUGAGGAUAGAGAAGAAGGAAUGGAUGUAGAAGAAGGGGAAAUGGGAGAUGAUGAAGCUCCAACAACGUGCUCCAUUCCAAUUGAUUACAACCUAUAUCGAAAAUUCUGGUCACUUCAGGAUUACUUUAGGAACCCUGUGCAGUGCUAUGAGAAGAUUUCAUGGAAAACUUUUCUCAAGUAUUCUGAGGAAGUUUUGGCUGUUUUUAAAAGUUAUAAGUUAGACGAUACUCAGGCCUCAAGGAAAAAGAUGGAAGAACUGAAAACAGGAGGAGAGCAUGUAUAUUUUGCAAAAUUUUUAACAAGUGAAAAGUUGAUGGAUUUACAGCUGAGUGACAGUAACUUUCGUCGACACAUCUUGUUGCAGUAUCUUAUUUUAUUCCAAUAUCUCAAGGGGCAAGUCAAAUUCAAAAGUUCAAACUAUGUUUUAACUGACGAACAGUCACUUUGGAUUGAAGAUACUACAAAAUCAGUGUAUCAACUACUAUCUGAAAACCCCCCUGAUGGAGAAAGAUUUUCAAAGAUGGUAGAGCAUAUAUUAAACACUGAAGAAAACUGGAACUCAUGGAAAAAUGAAGGCUGCCCAAGUUUUGUGAAAGAAAGAACAUCAGAUACCAAGCCUACAAGAGUAGUGCGGAAGAGAACAGCCCCGGAGGACUUCCUAGGGAAAGGACCCAGCAAAAAACUUCUGAUGGGAAAUGAGGAGUUAACAAGGCUUUGGAAUCUCUGUCCUGACAAUAUGGAAGCCUGUAAAUCAGAGACAAGGCAAGUUGAAAAAUUUUCACAUGAAUUCUGUAAGACUGCCAUCUCUCUUUAUAGGGCUGUGAACAAUUCAAAUUAUGGUUGGAGAGCCCUGAGGCUUUUAGCACGGAGAAGCCCUCACUUCUUCCAGCCAACUAAUCAGCAGUUUAAAAGUUUGCCAGAGUAUCUUGAAAACAUGGUGAUAAAGCUAGCCAAGGAAUUACCACCUCCUUCUGAAGAAAUAAAAACAGGUGAGGAUGAAGAUGAGGAAGAUAAUGAUGCUUUACUGAAAGAACAUGAAAGUCCUGAUGUUCGGCGAGACAAACCUGUAACAGGGGAACAGAUAGAAGUAUUUGCCACCAAGCUGGGUGAACAAUGGAAGAUUCUGGCUCCCUAUUUGGAAAUGAAAGACUCAGAAAUUAGGCAGAUUGAGUGUGAUAGUGAAGACAUGAAGAUGAGAGCUAAGCAGCUCCUAGUUGCCUGGCAAGAUCAAGAAGGAGUACAUGCAACACCCGAGAAUCUGAUCAGCGCACUGAAUAAGUCUGGAUUAAAUGACCUCGCAGAAAGUCUAACUAAUGACAAUGAGACAAAUAGUUAGCUUCUUUCUUUUUUUUUUUUUUUUUAUUAAAACUGUGAUAAGAUUUUGUUACCAAGCAGCAUUUGAUAAGAGGUCCACUGGUUUUGGUAAACAAUAAACAUUUUUAUAACAGUU